CAAACGGAACGGCCAGCCAAACCAAACCCAACACGACGCCGUCGAGCAGCAUGAAUCCGCCGCAGCCGGAGCGCCGCCGCGGCGGCCCGCCGUCGGACCCGAACGACGACGUGCUCGGUGAAAUCUUCCUCCGCAUCCCGCCGGACGACCCCGCGGUCCUCGUCCGCCUCUCCGCCGUCUGCAGCCGGUGGCGCCGCCUCCUCACCGACCCCGACUUCCUCCGCUCCUACCGCGCCCUCCACGGACCGCCUCCGAUCCUAGGCUUCUUCUGCGAACCGAACGUAUGCUCUGGAUUCAUCCCCACCACCGCCUUCCGCCUGAUCGUUCCCAGCCGCUUCGUGCGCUGGUUGCCGUGUGACUGCCGCCACGGCCGCGCCCUGUUCAUCCACGUGCCCGCAUCAUCCCAACUACUCGCAUGGGACCCCAUGACCGGCGCAGAGCGGCUACUGCGUGUGCCAGAGAUCUGGAGUUACAUGUCCUGGAGCGCGUCCGUGUUCUGCGCGGUGGACGGCUGCAAUCAUCUCAACUGCCACGGCGGCCCCUUCCGCGUCGCGUUGGUCGGCACCGAUUUCUGGAAACCCACGAUUGCCGCCGUCUACUCGUCGGAGACUGAUGCGUGGAGCGAUCCGACCUACAUUGGUCCCCCGAAUUUCAUUUUCAUGCCGAGAACACCAAGCGUCCUCGUGGGGAACACGCUGUACGUCCUCUGCGGCAGGAACAGUAUCCUGGAGUUCGACAUGGCCAGGAUGAGGUUAGCGAGGAUCCCCACGCCGUUCAUGCACAAUAUGGACUGGGGCGAAACUUGCCUCGUGACGGCGGACGGUGGCGGGCUGGGGUUCGCCGCCAUCGAGGGCCAGUCCAGACUCCACCUGUGGUCCAAGGAGGAGGCCACGGAUCGAUGGAACCACUCCGCAGUCAAGGAUCUCGAGACGCUGCUGCCCCGCCAUGCAAUCUCCUCGAGUAUUGAGUUGAUUGGCUUCGCCAACAGCGUCCGUGUCAUCGUCGUCAAGACGCUUGCUGGCGUCUUCACCGUUGAGCUGGGAUCAUCUGAACGAGCCAAGAUGGUGACAACGAGAAGUGAGAUCGUUGCUGCUUUUCCGUUCAUGAGCUUCUGCACUCCAGAUCAUUCUAGAGCCAGAUUGCCACCGCCAGGAUGAUCCUGCCGCUUACAGCCUUACAGGAACCUGCUGCUGUUGGCUUCCUGCAGAGCUGAUGCUUGAAGUUCUUUCUCCUGAUGCGCAAUUUAUGCAAAGAAGAAAGUUCACUAAUGGUGAUCAAUUUAGUUAGUUUUUUCCUGUUUUGUAGUCAUACUGAGAGAUGGGCUAAGUAAUGAUGGUCAUCUGAGUAGGUCUUAGAAAAGAGUGAGACUUGUUAGUUAGCUACCUUGUCUCUUCUGGAUGAUAAUGUUUCAUGUUUGUAAUCUCCAUAUAUGAUAGCUGGGUCAAGUUUUAUUUGGCUGAGUAGCCAAGUACAUGCAAGCAAGACAAAUUGCAUCCCGGUUUUUGAACUGUGGUAAUUAGAGAGAUAAAAGAAUUGUCACUCAGUGACCCACAAAAGAAAAGGAGAUUCUGAUCAUGUAUUGGGAAUUUAUAGGGCAUGCUGUUCAUCAGAUAUCUAUCUGAAACCGUGCAUCCUGUGGGAUUUGCACGUCUUCCAACGAAUAUCAACAUUGCAAGUUUGCAAAACAAACUGCUGGAGUGUUGGGGGAGAUCAUCAACCGAAUGAGAGCUAUGUUUUAUUUUGUUUAUAGGAGGCAUGAUACUUCAAUUUGCAGUCAAUCGGCAAGCACAACCAGAUAAUUCAGGGGCUGAAGAAUUCAGGUCAAGUUACAUCUAACAAUUUCAGGCUGGAUACAGAUGAAUUCACGCCAUGAUGGUUACAAGUUCUUGCCAAAUGGUAGAUGCUCAAGACUUCGGAGAACUGCAGAGCAACUGUAGAAUAUGCAAUCGGAUCUCUUCUGUCAUGGCUUGAAACUUUCUGUCUAUAAAAUGAGUGAAACUCUAACGGUUC